UACUUGAGGAAUGCUUAAGGAAUUUGCAAAGAAUUUCUGAUUUACUUUCUGCUGACACACACAAUGCCCUGAAAAACGGCUUGGAGGAGCUGAAAGUGCUACUAUCGACCCAUGUCCAAGCUGGAAAUGGGGAAUAUUCCGCAGCUCGGGCCAGUUCAGGUGGUCGAGGGAGACCGGCUAUUCAUAUUACAAGAGAGCAGAUGGACUUUCUUCUGGCCCAAGGACACACGGUCAAGAGGAUGGCAAACAUCUUUGGAUGCUCAGCAUCAUUUCUUUAUAAGAAGUCCAAAGCACUUGGUGUACCAAUAAGGGGAAGGCUGGCUGCAGUGACUGAUGAAGACCUUGAAACUAAUAUCAGACAACUACAAUCCCUGUAUCCAAAUUCUGGGACUGAGAUGAUGCGAGGCUUGUUACAUGCACAAGGACUGGUGGUUCCACGGCGCAAAGUCCGUGAGAUGAUGGCUCGAAUCAACCCAAUGGCGACUGCAAGGAGGUGGAGCAGCGCAGUGACUCGACGUGUCUAUCAUGUGCCGUAUCCCAACAGUUUAUGGCAUAUUGAUGGCAACAUGCGUCUCAUAAGGUGGGGUUUUGUGGUCCAUGGUGGCAUCGAUGGAUGUUCUCGCUUAAUUACUUACUUGAACUGUAGCACAGACAAUCGCGCCUCAACAGUGCUAUUUCAUUUUCUCAAGGCAACAGGCCUCUAUGGCUUACCUUCUAGAGUGAGGUCAGAUCAUGGUGGCGAGAAUGUGCAAGUGGCACUGGUGAUGAACCUCCUACAGGGCACUGAACGUCGGAGUCAUAUCACUGGGGAAUCCAUCCAUAAUCAGAGAAUAGAGCGUCUUUGGAGGGAUGUGUUUUUACAUGUUCUGGAACCAUUUUACAGCAUGUUUUAUAAUCUUGAAGAUUCAGCCCUCUUGGAUCCCAGCGACGAUAUGCACAAACUUUCUCUUCACAUAGUUUUUCUUCCUGAGAUUCAAAGCCGACUAGAACAAUUCAGGAAAGCAUGGAACCACCAUUCCCUGCGUACAGAAAACAACAAAACGCCAACACAAAUCUGGACUGAACGGAUGUUGGCAAACAUGGGUGCCAACAGCACAGCAACUAACAACGUGUUUGGUGAAAAUUCCAACGCACCAGAGACUCUUGAAGAACUUCUGCAACAUCAUGGCCUUUGGCCACUACCAACCACUGAUGCUGAGCAGGUCCCUAGUGUAAUUGUAGAACCACCUCAAACCAGGCUCAGUCAGCAGCAACUUCAAUCAGUUAAUCAUGCAGUCAAUCAUAUUUCUGAUC